CUCGCCCGCCGGGUCCCCGGUGCCCGCACCCGCCCAGACGGAGGGCCGGGCGCCGAGGGUCGCUCUUCCCGGCGGGCCCGGCCGCCAGAGGCCCCGGGCGCCGGCGCCCCUCGGGGGACUACUUUCCCUCCGCGGAGGGACUACUUCGCGGAGACGUCGCUGGCGGCGCGCGCGCGCACGCGCACGCGCACGGCUGGCGGCGGCGGCGGCGCGCCUGGGAGAGGGACGCCGGCCCGGUCAGGCCUCGGCGCGGCCUACACGCUCCGUCGCUCGCUCGUUCGCUCCCAUCCUCGCCCCGCGCCCGGCCCGGCCAUGGCGGAGUCCUCGCCCGCCCGACGCCCGGUGCCCCUCAUCGAGUCCGAGCUGUACUUCCUCAUCGCCCGCUACCUGUCGGCCGGCCCGUGUCGGAGAGCCGCCCAGGUGCUGGUGCAGGAGCUGGAGCAGUACCAGCUGCUGCCCAAGAGGCUGGACUGGGAGGGCAACGAGCACAACAGGAGCUACGAGGAAUUGGUCUUGUCCAAUAAGCAUGUGGCUCCUGAUCAUCUGUUGCAAAUAUGCCAGCGCAUCGGUCCCAUGUUGGAUAAAGAAAUCCCACCCAGUAUUUCAAGAGUCACUUCUUUACUUGGUGCAGGAAGGCAGUCUUUGCUACGUACAGCAAAAGACUGCAGGCACACAGUGUGGAAGGGCUCUGCCUUUGCUGCUCUUCACAGAGGAAGACCCCCCGAAAUGCCCGUGAAUUACGGUUACCCACCGAGCCUGGUGGAGAUACAUCGAGGCAAACAACUCACAGGGUGUUCCACUUUUAGCACAGCAUUUCCAGGAACCAUGUACCAGCAUAUAAAAAUGCACAGGAGGAUUCUUGGACAUCUAUCUGCUGUUUACUGUGUAGCAUUUGAUAGGACAGGACAUAGAAUCUUUACAGGUUCAGAUGAUUGUUUGGUGAAGAUUUGGUCAACACACAAUGGCCGCCUAUUAUCCACAUUAAGAGGUCAUUCUGCAGAAAUUUCAGAUAUGGCAGUAAACUAUGAGAACACAAUGAUUGCCGCAGGGAGCUGUGAUAAAAUAAUUAGAGUGUGGUGCUUGAGAACUUGUGCCCCAGUUGCUGUGCUCCAGGGACACACAGGGUCAAUUACAUCUUUACAGUUUAGCCCAAUGGCCAAAGGCUCUCAAAGAUACAUGGUUUCUACUGGUGCUGAUGGGACGGUUUGUUUUUGGCAGUGGGAUUUAGAAUCUCUGAAAUUUAGCGCGCGUCCCUUGAAGUUUACUGAAAAGCCCAGACCAGGUGUUCAGAUGCUUUGUUCUUCUUUUAGUGUUGGUGGUAUGUUUUUAGCCACUGGUAGUACCGAUCAUGUAAUCAGAAUGUACUUUUUGGGUUUUGAAGCACCUGAAAAAAUCGCAGAACUUGAAAGCCACACUGACAAAGUUGAUAGUAUCCAGUUUUGUAACAAUGGUGAUCGGUUUUUAAGUGGUAGCAGAGAUGGAACAGCACGGAUUUGGAGAUUUGAGCAGUUAGAGUGGAGAAGCAUUUUGUUGGAUAUGGCUACUAGAAUCUCAGGGGACUUAACCUCCGAAGAAGAAAGGUUUAUGAAACCCAAAGUAACAAUGAUAGCUUGGAAUCAGAAUGAUAGCAUUGUUGUCACAGCUGUGAAUGAUCAUGUUCUCAAAGUGUGGAAUUCUUAUACUGGACAACUACUUCAUAACUUGUUGGGACAUGCUGAUGAAGUGUUUGUUUUGGAGACACAUCCCUUUGAUUCCAGAAUUAUGCUAUCUGCAGGACACGAUGGCAGCAUAUUUAUAUGGGAUGUUACAAAAGGCACCAAGAUGAAACAUUACUUUAAUAUGAUCGAAGGACAAGGGCACGGAGCUGUGUUUGACUGUAAGUUUUCACAGGAUGGACAGCACUUUGCCUGUACGGACUCUCAUGGGCACCUUCUGAUAUUUGGGUUUGGAUGCAGCAAGCCAUAUGAAAAGAUUCCUGAACAGAUGUUCUUCCAUACCGACUAUCGACCACUGAUUAGAGAUUCUAAUAAUUAUGUCUUAGAUGAGCAAACUCAGCAGGCUCCUCACCUUAUGCCUCCACCAUUCUUGGUAGAUGUAGAUGGAAAUCCUCAUCCAACUAAGUACCAGAGAUUAGUACCAGGCCGAGAAAAUUCUGCCGAUGAACAUUUGGUUCCACAGCUAGGCUAUGUGGCAACAAGUGAUGGAGAGGUAAUUGAACAAAUUAUAAGCCUACAAACUAAUGAUAAUGGUGAAGGAAGCCCAGAGCCCAGUGUUCUUGAUGGAAUGAUAAGACAGUUGCAACAGGAGCAAGAUGAGAGGAUGGGAGCUGGUCAGGAUAAUAACCCAAAUGUACUUCCAAAUGGGGAAGAAACACCACGAAGAGGUUUUAGAAGACCAAGCUUAGACAUCCAGUCGCCUCCAAAUAUUGGUCUGCGUCGGAGUGGACAAGUAGAAGGUGUUCGCCAGAUGCAUCAGAACGCUCCCCGUAGUCAGAUCGCUACAGAGCGGGACCUGCAGGCGUGGAAACGGAGAGUGGUUGUACCAGAGGUACCACUAGGCAUAUUUAGGAAGUUGGAAGAUUUCAGAAUAGAGAAAGGUGAAGAGGAAAGAAAUCUUUAUGUAAUUGGAAGAAAAAAGACUCUUCAGUUCUCACAAAAGUCAGAUUCAGCAAUUUUGAUGUCAUCGUUUAGGCAGAGGACAUGUAGGCGUAAAUGUCCAAAUUACAGCAGAAGAAAUGUUGGACGGAUUGAGUUGUCUUCUGGAAAUGAGUCUUCAAGCUCUGUGAGACAUACUUCCUGUGAUCAAAGUGAAGGUUCUCGUUCAUCCGAAGAAGAAGAGUGGAAAAGUGAUAGAAGAAGUGAAAGCGAAAGCGAAAGCGAGAGCGAAAGUUCUAGUGACUCUUCAUCUCGAUAUUCUGAUUGGACAGCUGAUGCAGGCAUCAAUUUGCAGCCUCCUUUACGAACUUCAUCUCGUCGGCGUAUUACUCGGUUUUGUAGUAGUUCAGAGGAUGAAGUGUCUGCUGAGAAUUUAUCUCCUCCAAAAAGGAGACGAAAGAGAAAGAAAGAAAAUAAGCCUAAAAGAGAGCAGAAUUUGCAGAGAGCGACUCUGGCAGAGUUAACAGAUAAUAUGGAAGAUUUAUAUGAAUGUCAUCCUCCAGUUUGGAUAACUGACACCACACUUCGAAAAUCUCCAUUUGUUCCACAAAUGGGCGAUGAGGUUAUAUAUUUUCGACAGGGUCAUGAAGCUUAUAUUGAGGCUGUCAGAAGAAAUAACAUUUAUGAACUGAACCCGAACAAGGAGCCAUGGAGAAAAAUGGAUCUUAGGGAUCAAGAAUUGGUCAAAAUAGUUGGAAUACGAUAUGAGGUUGGACCCCCUACACUCUGUUGCCUCAAACUAGCAUUUAUAGAUCCUGCAAAUGGAAAACUUAUGGACAAGUCUUUCUCUAUUAGAUAUCAUGAUAUGCCAGAUGUUAUUGACUUUCUUGUGUUGCGUCAAUUUUAUGAUGAAGCAAGACAGAGGAAUUGGCAGUCUUGUGACAGGUUCCGUUCUAUCAUUGACGACGCCUGGUGGUUUGGAACGGUGCUCAGUCAGGAGCCCUAUCAGCCGCAGUACCCCGAUAGCCAUUUCCAGUGUUACAUUGUCAGGUGGGACAAUACUGAAAUUGAAAAGCUCAGCCCAUGGGAUAUGGAACCAAUUCCUGAUAAUGUUGAUCCACCUGAAGAAUUAGGAGCUAGUAUUUCUGUUACUUCAGAUGAGCUAGAGAAAUUGCUCUACAAACCACAAGAUGGUGAAUGGGGUCAGAAAUCGAGGGAUGAAGAAUGUGAACGAAUUAUUAGUGGCAUAGAUCAACUUUUGAAUCUCGAUAUAGCAGCAGCUUUUGCAGGUCCAGUUGAUCUGUGUUCGUACCCGAAGUACUGUACUGUAGUGGCUUACCCUACUGAUCUUUACACAAUUCGAAUGAGACUUGUUAAUCGAUUUUACAGGAGGCUGUCUGCAUUGGUCUGGGAAGUCAGAUAUAUAGAACACAAUGCCAGGACAUUUAAUGAACCUGAGAGUGUAAUUGCAAGAUCAGCUAAGAAGAUAACUGACCAACUUCUAAAAUUUAUCAAGAAUCAAGACUGUACAGAUAUCUCAGAACUUUCUAACACUUCUGAAAAUGAUGAGCAAAAUGCCAAGGCUUUGGUUGAUAGUGAUCUCCCUAAAACAUCUUCUGGAAGAAGAAGAGGCCACGAUUGGAAAAAAAGGAGCAGCAAAGCCACCAGCUAUGUUGAAAGCAACUGGAAGAAACAGUGUAAGGAACUAGUGAACUUAAUUUUUCAAUGUGAAGAUUCUGAGCCAUUUAGACAACCUGUUGAUUUGGUUGAAUAUCCAGACUAUCGAGAUAUUAUAGAUACUCCAAUGGAUUUUGGAACUGUAAGGGAGACUUUAGAAGCGGAAAAUUAUGACAGCCCCUUGGAAUUUUGCAAAGACAUCCGGUUGAUAUUUAGCAAUGCAAAAGCAUAUACACCAAACAAAAGAUCAAAGAUUUACAGUAUGACCUUGAGGUUGUCUGCCUUAUUUGAAGAAAAAAUGAAGAAAAUCUCUUCUGAUUUUAAAAUUAGUCAAAAAUUCAAUGAAAAACUUCGAAGAAGCCAGAGAUUCAGGAGACAGCAAAAGUGUAACCGUGCCAGUCAGGCUAACAAAAGUGCCAGAAAUACCAAGCAGAAGCGUUUAAAAUCACAGACAAGAGUAAUUUCUGAGUUGGUAGGUUCUCCUACCCAGUCUACCUCAAGUCAGGCCGCUUAUUCUGCAAGCCACAAGACCAGGGCCAGCGUCUCUUCGGGUGACUCUUCUGGGGACUCUUCCGAUUCAACAGCAUCCUCAGGAAGAAUGACAAGCAGUAGACCCGUCACUCUCACAAAUGGUUCUCCGUUAUCUGAAAGUGAAAUGGAAGAUUCCUUAGGCACCUCUUCCUCGUCCUCGGCGUCUGAGAGUUCCGAGGAGAGCACAGGGAGUGCAAGAGCCCGGGAGCCGUCCUUGCGCAGGAGGCUGGCCACAAGUGUCCGAGUCCGAGUGACCAGAACCCGCGCUGCGCAGAGAAGACCUGGUCCAGUUUCUUUAGAAAAUGGAUGUGGCAGAAAAGCCACUCGAAAGAGAGUCUAUUUAAGUGACUCCGAUAACAAUUCAUUGGAAACCGGUGAAAGUUUAAAGGCCCGAGCUGGAAAUAACCGGAAAGUGCUCAGAAAGUGUGCCGCUGUGGCUGCCAAUAAGAUAAAGCUAAUGAGUGACAUAGAGGAGAAUUCUAGCUCUGAAAAUGUCUCUUCUGGCCGUAAGCUGCCUCACCGCAAUGCUUCUGCUGUGGCUAGAAAAAAGUUGUUAUAUAACUCUGAAGAUGAUCAGAGCUUGAAGUCAGAAACCGAAGAGGAGGAGGAAAAUCAACCAUCACCAGGGUCCAGUUCUCAUGCUGCCCAGAAUACUGUCAAUGAAUCUGAAAAUGGAGAUUCAGAGUCAGAAGGUGACUUGCAGGAAGUCCGGAAAAAUUGGCAUGCUAAUGGUUACAAGUCCCAUACUGCAGCAACUUCUAAGACAAAACUUAAAAUAGAGUCUUCUGAGGAAAGUCACGGUUCAGAUCAUGGACAUAACAGAACUAAUGACCCAUCAACAUCUGGGCAGAAACUUACGGCAGGAAGUGUCUCAGGGGAAGAGGAGGAAGCAGAUUCUGAACCAAGGAAAUACCCUGUUAGGAAAUACAACACAACUCGCAAGAAUGCCACCUUCCUUAAAAAAGCAAAGGUCUUCACUGAUUCAGAGGACUCUGAAUCUGAGGAAGAUAGAGGAGAUGGAAGAUGUCACAAAGUGGAAACAAACCUACCGUUAGGAAAUUUGAAUUGUGAACCUGUGGCUGCGUCCCACUGUUUCUCAGAUCACGUGUCUGAAACUGAUGUGGAUUCAGAUGAUGACAAAACAAAAGAAAAACCAGACGAUUUUAUGAGAGAUUCGACAUCACAGGACCAUGGACAAAGCAGAAAAGGUUCCAGGAAAAGGGUGUGUUCCAGUGACUCCGACAGCAAUGUGAAGGUGGCUAAGAAACCCUCCAGAGCCAAAACGGGUCUCCAGAGGGUUCCUCGAAGAUGUGCAGCCACCGCUGCCAGUAAGAUUAAGCACAUGAAUGAUCUGGAAGAUGCUGGUUCAGAGAACGUGUGCACUAGAGGCAAGAGGAGAAGGAAGAAGCCGCUCCGGUUUGCAUGUUCCACAGCUGAGAAGAUGGGGAGUGAUUCUGAGGAAGAUGCCAACUGUGACGUGCCAGACGAACAGAGUGCCAGUGAAGGGGAGCUGUCCGAGGCCGACUCGGAAGGGAGCGCAAAAAGCAUUCACCAGCCUCUAAAUGGAGACUCCGACUCUGAGAGUAUGCCGGACUCAGAACAUAAGGCCAGGCCUGCCAGGCGUACCAAUAGGCACAAAAAUGUUGCACCUUCUAGAACGAAGAGUUCGUUGUUUGGAUCUUCAGAGGAAGAUUCAAAAAGCCAUAUUCCAGUGGGGGAGAUGGGUAGAAAAUUUUCUCCCGCAUCAACUUUGGAGCAAAAAACUACUGCAGAGACUAACUUCGAAGAGGAACUGAAUUACGGGCUGCGCAGGUGGAAUGGCAGAAGACUCAGGACCUAUGGGAAGACUCCUUUCAGUAAGACAGGAGCGAUCCAGGACUCUCCGGAAGCAGCGAAGCCGGAAACAAAAAGGAAGAGACUGCAUCCUAAAUCGGGAAAUGUGAAGAACUCAGAAACAGCAGGGAAUUCAGAGCGCGGACCCGACACUAGUCCCAAAUCUGAUUCAGAGCUGGGAUCUGUAACUGAAUCAGAUGCUGACUGUGCUGUUGAUACAAAAUCCAAAAAGAGGAAAACAAAAGGAAAAGCAAAAGUAAAUGUUAGAAAAGAAUCUGUUCCUAGAGACAGAGAUCCCAAUACAAAAGUGAGAACACGUUUGCGUAAUCAGAAGGAUGCAGUGCAAAUGCCUAGUGACACUCUGAGAGCAAAAGUGGUGCCCGAGAGAGUCCCCCGCAGAUGUGCUGCUGUUGCUGCAAAUAAGAUAAAGAUAAUGAGUAACCUAAAGAACACGAUUUCCGGACCAGGUGUCUGGAGUAGGAAGAGUAGCAGAAAACUGCCCCAUCGGAACGCUUCUGCUGCGGCUAAGAAAAGAUUACUGAAUGUGUAUAAAGAGGAUGAUACAAGUAUAAGUUCAGAAAGUGAAAAAUAGCAAAAUGCUUUUGUUUUAGUCAGAGCAGAUCCUGG